ACCGGUGCCGCGGAGAGCUACUCUAAAUCAAAGAUGGUGGUCAAGGGCCAGGAAAAACAUUUUUUGGCUGAAUAAAUUCACUUUUUCUGCGAAAUUAUCUGUCACUGAAUUAUGGAAGGUGAAGAGCAAAUGGAAGUGGAUGGACAAAUCAUAAAAUCUGGUGAAAAGGAGAACUUGGCUGAGAUGGAGAGUAAGAUACCCAGCGAAGAGUCUUCUCUAGGGUCGACGGACACCAGCAAUGGACAAUGCUACUGUGGAAAAGAAAGAAACUUUAGUGUUGCUGAAUUCCUCUGUGGGUCUUGCCAGAAAUGGUUUCACACUGAUUGCACAAGUUCUUAUGUUGGGAAAUGUCUUCCAUUCAUGACCAAUUAUCAAUUUUUUUGCAAGAAUUGCAACCUGAAUGGUCAAGAGAGCUUCUCCAAGAAGCAAGCUAGCUUCAAAGAGAUGGUUGUGGCUGCUGUGGCCAACCUUACUUACCAAUUCCAAGAGCGCAAAUUCUUUUCGAAAGACAGGGAGAUCAUUCCUUACAUUGACAGAUAUUGGGAGAGCUUGACAACCAUGCCAAGAAGAAUAAAACUCACAUGGCACGCUACUAUUACAAAAACACUGACCAAUUCUUCAGAAUAUUUCUUGUGCAAUGAGGAAUUGCCCCAGGAUCCUACCUAUGGUCUUCUGGUGGAUCUUGAGAAUAUUCGCCCAAUUUAUGACAGCUCAAAGACAGCAUUUAGCCAGGCACAGAAACCUGAACCAAAACCCAGCAAUCUCGGUCUCGAAAGCAGUAUUGGUAAGGCCACAACGAGAGGUGCCAAGAGAAAAGCAGCUGAAGGAUUCAGUCAGCUGGGUAUCAAGCAGAAACGAGGUGAAAUGAUUGCGUCAACAAAAGUGACUGUCCACGGUUAUCCAGUUGAGCACCCGUUCAAUAAAGAUGGCUACAGAUACUACCUGGCUGAGCCUGAUCCUCAUGCCCCCAACAGACAGGCGUUCGAUGAGAGUAUCGAGUGGGCGGGGAAACCAAUCCCUGGUUACUUCUAUAGGAUGUUCCAAGGAACUGAUGUUUUGCUCUCAAUGAAUGACAGAGCUCCACAAUUGAAGCUUUCUGAUGACCGAAUGACAGUCACUGGAGACAAAGGCUACAGUAUGGUCAGGGCGACACAUGGUGUGAAUCGUGGUGCUUGGUAUUUUGAGGUCAACAUUGAUGAGAUGCCUGCAGAUUCUGGCGCAGCAACAAGAAUAGGAUGGUCACAAACACUGGGUAAUUUACAAGCGCCCUGUGGCUAUGACAAGUUCAGCUAUUCGUGGAGGUCGAGAAAAGGAACAAAGUUUCACCAAAGCCGUGGCAAACGUUAUACUGGUGCAUACGUAGAAGGGGAUGUCAUCGGUUUCUACAUUUAUCUCCCAUCACCGGUAGACUCAUCAAAGCUUGUACCAGCAACUUAUAAGGACAAGCCCCUGAUUAAGUUCAAGAACAACUUGUACUAUGAAGAAAAAGAUUACAUUCCAGAGGCUGAAAAGGGUUUAAAGACAUCACCAGGAAGUAAAAUUGUAUUUUACAAGAAUGGUGUCAACCAAUCCACAGCAUGGCAAGAUAUAUCUGAAGGGACCUACUACCCUGCAUUUUCCUUGUACAAAAACUCCACCAUCACUGUUAACUUUGGUCCAGAUUUUAGAUACCCACCUACAGAUCUGGAAGACUAUAAGCCGGUUUCUGACAUGGCCGCCCAGACAGUGGUUGAACAUGCACUUGGUGAUGUUCUCUACCUUGUGGAAAAUGAGGGGAAUCUACCAGUGUAUAUUUAGAACUUUUCUCAUAUCAAACUGCACUGAGCUGCAAGAAUAUUCGUGGAGAUUAUAUGUAUGGACACAAUUCAACCAGGGCAUGGUGUGCACAUCAUCAGCAUACAUUGCUACACAGACAGGAAGAACAGUCCAGUGGCCACAUUCUUUCUUAUUUAGAGUGGACAAUUGCCGCCAAAGACAAGCCAAUACUGAAACAUGCCCAAGUGAUAUUGACAUACAUGUAACCCGCGUAACAUAAGAUUGGACUCUUCUUCUGGCAUGUAUAGCACUGGGUGUUUAUAAACCAGAAAGUUCUCGUUGGAAUGCGAACACUCAGAUCAGGAAUUCUCUGGAACAUUAUCUGUGAGAUUCCAGAGAGCUCACAAAUAAUGGAUUAUGAAUAACAAAUCUUUACUUUUGAGAGUUGGAUUUGCAGAACCUCUCUUUUAAAAUAAAUGAAUGAUAAAAUGCUGUAUUUUGUAAAAGAAUCCAUUUUCAUACUGUUCUUUCAUUGAUUUGAAAUUAAACAGUUUUACUUUUA